AGCGCUCCGCCACUGACGGACCUCCGUGAGGCCAGGCGCAGUUAGUUAGGCACCUAUACCAGAGGAACCAGCGUCAGUCGGUCAGCUCCAGGUUCAGAAAGUUAAAUUCACACUUUUGCGCGUUUUUCCCCCUUGGAUAGUUAUUCUAAAAUUUCCAAUCCGGAGUUUAGAUGAACUGUCACAUGUUUGAGAACAUCUCGGUGUUUUUUUUUUUUUUUUUUUUUUUGCCCCCUUUUCUUUUCUUGUCUACCUCUGGAUUAUUAGCAAGCCUGCUGGAGAGGGAAGAAACCUGAAAUCGGAAGAGCUUUUGGAACAAAACAAAACAAACAAAAAAAAUCUAAUCAAAUAAAACAAGUGGCACAUUUAGCAGCAGCGGUUCAAUCUGUCCUCAUCAUCUUCUGCCACGAUAACAGGCUGCCAUCAGAGGAGCGCGGAGAUGUACGGUGCGCAGGCUCUCCACAGCAUCAAACCCCAGAGCAGCGCACAGGUCUGAUUGUCGACUUGUUAACCUGGAGAGCGUUUUGGCCAUCAAGCUUUUUAAAGACAACAAGAAGAGAAACUCCCCCCUUGGAAUAAUAGUCAGUGGACAAACUGCUACUUUGUGGGACUCUUUUUAUUUCACACCCAAACCCUCCUAAGAAGGUUAGAGGAGCAUGUAAAUGAAGCAAGUGGAGCCUUCGGUGAUUUCAGCAUUCUGUCUCCCCCAUCUGUGCCUACAUUCUCUGCUACAGAUAGGGACGUUUUGAUAAUUACAUAUAAUUAUAAUUUCUGUGGGAGACAGAUCUGCCUCUGUCUAUUAUUGCCAACACCUCCAGUACAAUAACUUCACACAUUUACAUAUCUCUCAACAAAAGUGAUAUUCUCUGAACCCCCUGGAGAUAAAUCAGGAAUAAUUCUGCUCCGACUGACAUGUCACAUGCAAAAGCAAUGUGCCAUUCAUCUCAUAUCUAUUUAAGGAUACAGCUGAGUGACAAGGGUGACUUCUUUUUUUCAUAAAAAUCUGCCUGAAAACCAUGGCAUUUAGCUCUUGUUGCUGCACGUUUUAAAAGGCCGGCAGUCAUUCUUCUGCUUCAUGUGUGCUCGUAAUUUUUUCCGCCUUCUAGCACAUAAGCAGAGCCUUCCUCAUUAUCACCCACAGUCCAGUCACAGUAACGGCUUGUGCCAGGCGAGCGCUGACCAAACUGAUCCCGAUGGAGUCCUCCGAAAUGAGUCUGCAUUAAUGGACAAUAUUGAUCCACAUUGUUUGAUCGGCAUAAAAUCCCCAAAUUGGUUAGAGCAUUAUUCUCAUACAUUUCUUCUGAUACUAAUAGAUGCCUACAAAUUAAUUAGGUCUUGAAUGUAGAAAGUGCCAGACUGAACUAGUUAGCAGAAGAUGAAUAGAACAGACAAAACACUCCCUGUGAACCAUUUCUCAAGUGCCAGAGUCAGCAGACGAAUGUACAGGAGUGUCUUGUUUUAUUGAAUCAAUUUGGAACUCAUAAAGGACUAUUGGGGCCAGGAAUUGAAACCGUAUCCAACAGGGUAUUUUUAAGAGAGAUGAGAACAAAGCUAGUAUGCUUUCGGGGCCCUUCAUAAGACGCAAUAAAAACAAUUUUAUUACCAUUACCAUUAAAUACAAACACACACAGUAAUGCACUCAUAAAUUGACGGAAGUAGGCUUUUUCUUUCAAAAAUGAUAUUAUUUAGCAUACCUGAAUGAAAUCCGUGAUACAUCUUUGAUAUCCAGAAGGCUGUACAUUAAAUUCUUCACAUGGCGUUUUAGUGGGUUAAGCUGGAAAAGCGGAUAAAGCUUUGUAACUACAUUGACUCAACAACAGAAAAUAGGUGUCUUAGUCAUGUAAAAAUGACGCCCACCACCUAUCUCCGAGUCCUCGCCGUCUCCCUGCUUUCCCUUUUCGCUGCCCCUCUUACCCGUGCAGUGGAGCCCUCUUCGUCCCCUCCUCCUCAGCAUGUAGACCGCUCAAGGAGGCCGUUCACCGAGCAGCCGGACGCCGAUUCCAGCUCCUCUCUCCUGCUCCUUGCCCUCCAGGCCAAUGCCAGGCCAGCGGCUCUCCGAAGCAAACCUAAAGCCCCCGAGGAACCUCCAGACACCUCAGAGAGCGUUCUGGAGCCGCUUCCCAAGCCCCUGGCCCAGGUGACGUUUCCGAAGAAUGCGACCUCUUCUGAAGGUCUAGGAGAUCAUUUUGGAGCAGCCCACAUCCCACCUCGCAUCAUGGAUGGAUGGACAGAUGUUUGUUGGGGUUACUACGAUGUGAUGGGACACUUUGACAAUUCUUUCAACUGCUCCAAGGACUCCUACAUCUACUGCUGCGGAACAUGCCACUACCGCUUCUGCUGUCCAGACCAAAGCCGCAAGCUGGUGCAGGACCUCUGUACAAACUACAACUCUCCAGACUGGGCCAAGCCACAGACAGAGGCCAUGAUGAUACCAGAGGAGGUGGGUCCCGACCCGGACUACGAUCCGCUGAAGCAGCAGAGCCACAACACGGGAUUUGUCAUCGGUGGCGUUGUUGUGUUCAUGGUGGCUGUCGCUGUGGGUAUCAAGGUGUGUUUCAACAAGGUUCAACAGGAGGCCAACCAGAGAGACCUGAAUAUGCCCAGAGCCCUGGUUGACAUGCUGCGACACCAGUCGAGUCCAGUCCAGCAGGAUGAAAGAAACAACAGCGUGGCUCUGACCGUAGCGGACGGACAGGGGACGCUGGGAAGAGCUCCGAAAAAUCUCUACGCCCCGGGAGUGCCCAGCAAGGACAACAGAUUGGGCAAUCUGCAGCACAAUUUCAUCCACCCAUCAGGCUCCAGCCCCAAACACACUGCGACUAUCGAACGCACCCCUCGGAUGAACAAUGCUCAGCUGGCAGCUGGAGGCACCCUGCUUCCCAGCAAACACAACAACACCAAAUCCCAGCCGUCCUUCCACCACUCCCUGCACAACCUGGCCCAGCUGCCGCCCUCCUACGAAAGUGCCACCAAGCCCGAGCUCAACAGAUACUCCUCACUCAAACGCCUCGAGAAAGGACUCGAUGAGUACUCGUCUGGUUACUGCACCACCAAGCGCCGACCCCACACGGCUCAGCCGGCCCUCCAGUCCUCCCAGCACCACCUCCACUGGGGUGGGGACUACACCCUCAGUGGGAGAGGAACCCUCCCCAGACACGCCAUCCGUCCCUGGAUCCCGCCGCCCCCCUCUGGCAUGCCUGCCUCUCCCACUCCCAAUCCUUACCCUCUGGACCCUCCUGAGCCCCAGUACAAUCCCAACUACGACACUCUGUCCAAGCCUCCGAGGAAAGUGAAGUCCUCCGAUCAGCUGCUCAACAUGGGCGACGUCCCCGGCAACACCGGGACGCUGUCUCGGAUGUCCAAGAACCAGCAACACCAGUACCACAAAGCCAUGGCGGCCUCCAACAAGAACACCAACAUGCAAACCCUGACCAGGAAGACGAAGGACAGGCAGGAGAUACAGGAGAGGCAGGAGAGGAUGCUCAUGUCCCCGGACCACUUGGAGGACAGGAUGGGGGUCAGCGGGAUGGGAGUGGUGGAUCCCUAUGCCCACACAGGAACCGGCAUCGUCCCCACGCUGCCGCGGCAGCAGAAGGCCCAGUCCCAGCAGAAUGUGUGCGCCACGCCUUCCCUUGACCGGCACCACAUGAUCAAGAUGAACUCUCACCCCACGUCUGGCCGGGAGCAGGAGAGGAGCACGGGCAUGACGAGUCACGUGAGCGGGGGAGUGGGCUGGUCGGGGGAGGUGCCCGGAGCCGGGGUCGUCAUGGGAACGGGAACGCUGGGGGGCCACAGCGCCAGGAGGAUGGCUUUCGCAGCGAAAAGGCAGAACACCAUCGAGCAGCUACAUUUCAUACCAGGAGGAGGAGGCGGCGGCGGCGGUGGUGGUGGGUCUGCAGGAAGCACAGGAGGCAGUCAGGGGAUCAGGACGGGGAGUAAGAACGAGGUGACGGUGUAAGGUAAAAAUCCCUUAGACGUAGGGGAAUCGAUCACCCUUCUGCAUUUAACUAUUAAACUACAAAUAAAACUAGAAGUAUUCAGUAGUAACAGUAACGUGUUUAGGCUAUUCAAAUUAGUUUUCUCUUUAAUCAGAUUAGCUUGAAUAUGACUACCUGUAAAACUAAAAGUUUAGGUGGGGACACCUUUGUGAUAGCCUACAUCAGCCAUAUUUUCUAACCGAUUUUUGCCAUAUCGCCAUAUACAGCAGUGCCAUUACUCGUAGAAGGACUGGUGAAACAAAACCAAUAGAGGAAUAGUUCAUGAUUUAGUUUUUCUAUAUCUAUAUAUAAAUAUAUACAUACACGCACACACACACGCCUACAUAUAUAUAUAUGUAUAUAUAAUUAUAUACAUAUAUAUAUAUAUGUAUGUGUGUGUAUAUGUGUGUGUGUUUUUCAAGAAGUACUCAGGAGCCAUAUUAGAUAUAAAGAAUGAGACAUUAAAAACUUGGUUUAAGGAAACAGAGGACUUCAGAGGAGAGAGCCAGCUGCCUGGACUGAUGUCGACGUGUUAGGCUGAGGAAACCAGAUCAGUCUCAAAGACCAUUGUGCCUGCAUGGUAAAACAUUUUGGAUAUUUUACAUUCUGCAGAACAAAACCUCAUCCUGACACAAGGAGACUGAACUGUGCUUUUUGCUUCCUAAUUUGGUGGACAAGGCUGUUUUCCAGCAGGACUCCUCGCCUGAAUUUCAAACCGAGGACGGACCCAAAAUUAACAAUCCGACACCUGGGUUGCCUAAUUUUCCAUGUGACCUUAGAUUUUAAAUCAUCAGAGGAACGCAAACUCUGACCACAGCGACCCUACAAGAAAGCCGAUAUUCAAAAAUGAUACAGGGUCAUUUUUCGGGGGCUGUCGUUUUCCCCUGCUGUUUCCAUUCACAGAUCAGGCCCUACCAAAUAAUACCGAGCCAUCUGUUUUAAUAUUACCCAAAAAGAAGAAGCAUGUGUUCAGUUUUCCUCCAGAGAGGCGACUUGCUGUGUAAUACGUUUGCAUACAAAGAGCACAAAGAGGAUGCACUUACACAACUGUCCUUCAAAGCCAUCUUUUUGGAGAUACAAAGGAAGUAUUAAUCCUGGAAGCUGGUCUGACAAUCACCACUUAGUUAUUACCACAAAUGAUACAAGCCAGUGAUGUUUUGUACAGUCAAAGGAUUGUCUUUGGAGCGAGCCGGUGAGAUAAACAUCCUUAGAGUCCGGAGUGGGGGUGAGAGACUCGGACGGUUGGGAAGCCCUUCACAUCUUCAAGACAAGGAACUUGCUGUAUCAUAAUGCACUUCAGCCAGUAUGAGUUAGAAAAAAAAUAUAUAUAAAAAAAGUAGAAAAAAAAUCAUCAAUAACAACGCUUAUCAAUACUAAGGGCUAUCCUAUCCUAUAUACUGUAGUAUGUGAUAUCUGUGGUCCAUAUAAAAUGCUCUCUCUUUCUAUCGAUUUUGUGUUGAUAUUGUCAUGAUGUAUCAAGUAUCAAUGUGUAUGAACAAAAAAAAAAAAACUACAAAAAAAUAAAACGAGCAAUUUAAGCACAGUUCCAAGAGAAACACAGAGACAAAACUUUGCACAAACCAAGUCCCCUGAUAUUUGCACCAGACACGAGCACGCUCCGUGUCGUGUCCUCAAGGUUUACAUUCUGCACGAGCUCGGCCGAUCAGAGCCCGACUCAUCCAUGGAAGAGGGUACUGCAUUGAGAGAGGGUUUAUUUUUGUUCCUUAUUUUUACUUCUGUUUUUAUCGAGUGAAAUCAGAGGUGCGGGUGACGGAAGCAACGUUUCGGCCAGAGGAUAGAACGAGGCGAAACGCUGAAGAGCAAAAACACACGACUCCAUUUGGACAAUCUUCCUAUACACAGUGCUAAAUGUAGUUGUUAUAAAUUUGAUGGAGUGUUAUUAUUAAUAAUUAUUAUAACUGUUAUGGUUAUUAUUAACAAUUAUCUUAUGAUAUGUGAUGUUCUUUUACUUGGUGGGAUUUUAAGUGUUUAUUGUUUUUAGAUGACUUUACAUUUUCAUGACUAGUUGUUUUGUUUUAUUUUUAUUUUUUUCUGGUCAUUAAGAUUUUGAGAAGACUCCAAACCUCGAUGCAUGCCAGCUCCAUUUCAUUGAGAGGCAUUGACAAAAAGCAUGCCUGGCAUUUCUAAAGGGUCGUCAAUGCUUCGAAUGGCCAACCCUCCAGCUGUAUGUACCGUGCCUAGACAUCAGCCUUAUGACUUCUUUGUCUCAAGUGAUUACUUAAGGUUUCCACUCGGGUACAACAAAAAAAAAAACACGUUUCUAAAAAUUCUGCAGCCUUCUAGCUAGACGUGCGGCGAGAGAGUUUCUUCUGCAGCAGCCUGACCGGCUAACUUAUGGCAGGCUGUGCGCACAAAACCCUACGAUGCCAUAAUGUUUGUAUGUUCAGAUGAAUGUUGAUUACAGAGGAGCUAGAGGUCUGAACAGAAACUCGAAAGCUUUGAAGUGCAGUGUCUUUUUUCAGGGAAAUAGGACAGACAACGUAGAAGUUGUAUUCGAUUUUUUUUUUUAAAUAGAGCCACAAAAAGGUCUGUAGCAAAGUCUGUAAUAACUCACAAGCCAUAUCCAUUUAAUACUCAUCACAGUUUUUAUAAAUGGUUAAUCUAAUUUGUGGAAGUAUUGUAUUUUGUAUAGCUAGUACAAUCAGAAUAUUUUGAGUGAUCUCUUCAACAUUAAUUUGAGGAUACAAAAAAAAACAACCUUACGUGUUAGUAUUUAAUGAACUGUACAGUGCCAAACUCAUAACAUUUCGUUGUCUUUUUAUUCUCAUAGCACCCUCCUAUAUAGGGGUUAUUUCUUUUUAUCAUAAAGGAGAAGUAAUUCGCAAGCAGGCACACUGAGAAGCUUGUUUUAUUUGGAGAGAAAUGAAUGAAUAUGGUGUGCAUUUUUACCGUGAUGAAUUCAUUUAGAAGGGAAGAUGCAUAAAAGCCACCUGAAGCGGACAGGGAGAGUGUUCAGUAAAGGAAAUUUAUGGAUUUAUUUUCAUGCUGAUAGAUUUAAAUACAAAACCCUUUUUUGUUAUUGUUGAAUGCAUUGAUUCCCUUGGAUACGACAGUGACAAAGAAUUUGUAUAAUAAAGUUGGUGGAAAAAA